UCCAGCCGAAGGGCCCGCGCGCUCCUGGCCUCUCCUCCUGCCCCUCUGGCGAGAAGUCCUUGGGGGGCGCUACUGAAGUAGUAAGGGAGAAGUGAGGAAGGCUCCCAGGGAGUGGAAGAGUGGCUGCAUUGCUUGGGCUGCCUUUGGUAUUUUGACACAGACGCCCGCCUCGCAUUUUUCGGUCCCUUUCCCCCGUAGUCCGCCGGCCUUCCUCCUCCCGGCCAUGCGGCCACCUCCGCCUGCUCCUGCCGGGGGGCUGCUCCUGGUGCCGGGGGUCUGCCGCCUGUGCUGGCUGUGCCUGGUGCUGUGGGGCCCGGCGCUGGGUCUGCCCCCGCGGAGCCCUCCUCCCCCUCCUCCUCCUCCGGGGGUCUGGCGGCAGAGGGUCCAGUGGGAGAACAACGGCCAGGUCUUCAGCCUCCUCAGCCUGGGCGCCCAGUACCAGCCCCCCCGGCGCAGGCAGGGCUCCCCCCCCGGAGCAGCAGCAGCAGCAAGAGAGCCCCGGCCCGUCCUCCUCCUCCGGGGAAAUGCUACCCAGCCCCGCAGCAGAGCCCGCAAUGCCGAGGCGCCCCGCAGGUGGUUCCAGGCCGGCUCCCGGCGGCCGGCGGGUGAGAGAAGCACCCCUGCGCCUCCUCCUCCUCCGAGCAGCAGCAGCCUCAGCCCCCCUCUCCGCCCCCGGGAGGACGCCAUGGUCGGGGACGACCCUUACAACCCCUACAAGUACUCCGACGACAACCCUUACUACAACUACCACGACACCUACGAGCAGCCCAGGCAGAGCAGCCGCUACCGGCCGGGAUACGGCACCGGCUACUUCCAGUACGGUCUUCCUGAUUUAGUUCCAGAUCCCUAUUACAUCCAAGCAUCCACCUAUGUCCAGAGGACAUCCAUGUACAACCUGAGGUGUGCUGCUGAAGAGAACUGCCUGGCAAGCUCAGCUUACAGGUCAGAUGUGAGAGAUUAUGAUAGCAGAGUGCUUCUGAGGUUCCCCCAAAGAGUGAAAAACCAAGGCACAUCAGAUUUCUUACCAAGCCGACCACGAUACUCAUGGGAGUGGCACAGCUGUCAUCAACAUUAUCACAGCAUGGAUGAAUUCAGCCACUAUGACUUGCUUGAAGCAAGCUCACAAAGGAGAGUAGCUGAAGGACAUAAAGCAAGUUUUUGUCUUGAAGAUACAUCUUGUGAUUAUGGAUAUUACAGACGAUAUGCAUGUACUGCACAUACCCAGGGACUGAGUCCUGGCUGUUAUGACACAUACAAUGCUGACAUAGAUUGCCAAUGGAUUGAUAUUACAGAUGUAAAACCUGGCAAUUACAUUUUAAAGGUUAGUGUAAACCCUAGCUACUUGGUACCAGAAUCUGACUAUUCCAAUAACAUUGUACGUUGUGAUAUCCGCUAUACAGGCCACCAUGCAUAUGCCUCUGGUUGCACAAUUUCACCGUAA